UAAACAUUGACAAGCAGCUGUUCCUUCAGUAUUAUGUUACGGAGCUCACGUGUGAGAUUUUAGCGCGUGAAGUGUAGCCGAGUGCUGUAUUCGUAUCACCAAUACACAAUGGAGCCUGCUAUAAAGCUAAAUCCAGGGGCGUCGAAAUGGGACAUUCGUCAGAAAGUUUGGGACUACAUCGAGGAAAAGAACCUGGCUAACUUCCCAAGGCCUGUUCACAACAGGAUCCCAAAUUUCAAGGGUGCAAUUCAAGCAUGCAGCAGGCUUGCAGACCUGCAGGAGUUCAAGUCCAGCCAGACAGUCAAAGUAAACCCAGACAGACCCCAGCAGCAGGCGCGCUUUAUCACUCUGGAAGCACAGAAAACUUUAUUGGUCCCAACUCCCCGUCUUCGUACUGGUCUUUUCAACAGGAUUACCCCUCCCCAGGGGGCCAACAAGGAACAGCUUCGCAUAUGCUCAUCCUCUCAGGGUGUGAAAGACUUCAGUGUGCCUGUUGGCCUGGAUGCAAAGGUGAAGGUAGACCUGGUGGUGGUUGGCUCUGUGGCGGUGUCAGGAAAAGGCUUUCGGAUUGGAAAAGGGGAGGGCUACGCUGACAUGGAGUAUGGCAUGAUGGCUUCAAUGGGAGCUGUGAAUGAGUCCACUGUGGUGGUUACUGUUGUCCACGACUGCCAGGUGGUGGACAUUCCAGAGGAGCUAAUAGAAAGUCAUGACCUGACUGUGGACUACAUCCUCACACCUACCAGAGUUAUCGAAACUAAUUGCCAGGUACCCAAACCACAGGGAAUCGUCUGGACUAAGCUGGACACAGAGAAGCUGGAGAAGAUCCCCAUCCUGAAGAAGCUGCGUGCUCUGGAGGAGCAAGCCGGAAAGGAUGUAACACUGGGGGUGGUGCCUGCUGCAGCAGAGCCUGGUCUGCAGACCGGUCAACCCAAAAGGCAAACCAGACGGAGGCCAAGGCAGAGCACGCAGCAGGAUGCCGAGGGAGAAUCCACACAGGACUCCAAACAGGAGAACAGAGAAGAGGGAGAACAGAAAGCCAGACUGCGCCCAGCUAGAGUGAGGAAAACAAGCAGAGGAGAUGGCAGCAGGGGGGUAAAUGAGAGAGAAAUCAACGAGAGAGGAAAGGGAAAAAGUGCAGGGAACCUGAAGGAGAAGGGCCCAGAGGAAAGGGGAAGUGAAGUCAUGUCUCAGCGUAAGCUCCCUCUGAAUGUGACCACAGUUUACCUGGGAGGAAUCCCUGCUGGGCUGCGUGUUAGUGAGCUCAAAAUGGCCCUCAGAGAGAGGGAGGCUGCUCCGCUGAGGCUCACCUGGCAGGGAGCUCAACACAGGGCCUUCCUUGAUUACAGUGACCCUCAGGCUGCAGAGCAGGCCCUGGAGGCUCUGCAGGGUCUCACUCUGAAUGGUCACAGUCUGCAGGCUGAGCUGGCCAAGAGUCAACGGGGAGACAAAAGGUCUGGACAGUCCAAUAGGAGACCGAGACCAUCAGUGGCUCCAAAAUCUAAAACAGCCUCAUCAGAUACCAAGGCUGACACAGCUGAAAAGACUGAACAGUAAUAGCAAUAAGUAAUAAGUAAUAAGUAAUAUAAAGCCCAAGAAGUAUUAAUUCUGGAGUAACCUUAAAACACCUUAAGAAGAGUUUAGGUUUUUUUUUUUUUUUAUAUAUUUCUGGAUUUAUUACGAGAGGACCUCAGUUAUAUUAACCAUAGACUUCUGAAGUGACAGCUAAUGAACAUAACAAUAUAUGAAUAAAUGCAACAGCAAAACCUAAAAUAAAUCACUGCUGAAUCGUAGCAUCGUAAAGCAUUUCACUAGAAAAGUAUUUUGUUCAUACCUUUUCACACCUACGUGCCUUGUUAAAUUCACACACACCUCCUGGUCUGUGUGUCCCGAGAGCCUUCAGCCCUUGAAGUGAUUCUUAGCAUUAGACUGCAUUUUUUUUCUCUUUUAAACCACAGACUAUAUGUACAGUUUAUCCAUUAAAAUUCAAGUGUUCAGUACAUUUUAUUUUCACAACCACCUAUCAGUAUUAUCUCCUCCAAGAAGGUCAUGUUGUCAGACCGGUUUGUCUGCUUGUUAGUCAUGUAAAAAAAAAUUUUAUCUGAGGCCAUGGGCCAAAGGAGAACUGGUUAGUUUUUUUUGCAGGUAGCGCCACCAUGUGGUCAUUUAUACAAUUUAUACAACCCUGAUAAUUUGUGGCCCAUGAGGCAUAGUAGUGAAAUUGAAAAUUCAAACAUUUAUGUAUCCACAUACGCCACCGUGUUUUACCACAAUUUUGAUUCUUUUUGUUUUUGCGAAACGCCUUUUUUUCACAACUUUUCCUACAAAUUACAUCCAGUCCUCAAGAAAUCUGUAACAUCUGAAUCACUCUAAAAGUUUUUUUUUUUCCUAUUCUAUUUCAUUGCCAAAUAGAUUUGGUCCAUUUGACAUAAAUUGCCAUAAAUCCCCAACCAGAUUUAGAGGAUGUGAACACACUAGCAAAAUUUUCUGCUAUCUGCUAUUUUGAUCACAGACUGCAGCAGUGUAAUGCGUUUAAAUAGCCUUAAUUUAACUGUGAUGCAUUUGAAAAUUUGCUUAAAAUCAACAUGAUUAUCUGUCAGUAUGCAAACUUCUAAACCUAUUUUACUAUUAAGCCUUGCUGAAGCUAAGCUCUUUGAUUUUUUUUCUUAUUUUCUGUGCUUUCUAGUUCCUUACUUAUUUUUCAGAAUAUUUUGGAAGUAGACUUUGCGCACCCAUCAGGGAAGCAGUAUUUGUACCUUUGAUGACUUAUUCAUGGCAAACUGGUUAAAUGAGUUUGAGCAUGGUGCCAGCAUCACCAUUUAACUAAUAAGAGAUGCCCGAAUAAAUUGUUAUAGUCUUUAUGCAUCUGUUUGUAAUGCAUUGCACAGUAACAUUCUCUACUAAAGUGUUUGAUUGUACCUGUUCAGUCUUACUGUCUUUUGUUUUUUAAACAAAGAGUUUUUGCAGAAUCUGGCUUGGAUUUUGACAAAUCAAAGUCAGAUAGAUAGGGACAUAGUUUGUGCAUUUUGGAGAACAGACCACAAACUUAGAAAAAACAAAUUCUUAGACUGUAAGACCAGUUGCAGUAAAGCCUGGUUCCACCUCAAACUAUCACAAAAAAAAAAAGAACUCAGAUUAUUCUACUGAUGGGGCGUUAAUUUAAGGUCAGAUGUUUAACAUGAUACCUCAGACCAG